GCCAGUUUUGUGGACAUCGCCGAGGGAUAUGGACGUGAAGGAGGCGCUUUUUGUUUAUCUCCUGUGCAAGAGCAUACGGAAAAGGGACGACCGUUCACUGCUAGCGCAAUUCUUCUUCGCUGACGAUGCCCUAAACAUGAUAGCUGCUGAGCUGGACUCGUUCGACGGCCGCAAGGACCCCGACAGGUGCUCCACUCUCGUCAAUCAGCUGCGGCAUGCACAGGAUCGUGUGCUAAACAUCACAAGCCAAAUCAUGGACCAAGUGCUGGGCGACGAGCGGGUGGCGCGCGGCUUCCGCGUCAAGUUCCCGGAGGACGUGCUGCAGGACAAUCUCGCUGGGCAGCUGUGGUUCGGUGCUGAGUGCCUAGCCGCGGGCUCGUCAAUACUGAACCGCGAAGAGGAAUCAGCGGCGAUGCGCCCGCUAGCCAAAGCGCUCACGCGCAGCCUCGAGACGGUGCGAUCGUUGCUCCGGGAACAGUGCCUCAGGCCGCGGAGACUCGCGCUACAGGACCACGACGAUAUGCUGCACGAGAGCUUGAGGAUAUUCGAUAGAUUGUUCGCUGAAUUCGAGCUAUGCUACGUGAGCGCGAUGGUCAACGUAAAAACACCGCACGAGUUUGAAGCUCAACAACUCAUUUGUGUGCUUUUCUCUGAGAGCUUGAGAAGAGCUUUGAAACACAACUUGCUUACGCAGGAACAGGUGGAUUCGUACGAUCCGGCGUUGAUGUUCGCAGUGCCUCGUCUAGCGAUAGUCAGCGGCUUGCUCAUAUACUCUAGUGGCCCGCUGUCUAUCGAUAAACCGCCUGAGGAGAUGUCGGACAUGUUCCGCCCGUUCCGCACGCUGCUGCACAAGAUCCGCUCGCUGCUGUGGACGCUGGAGCGGCGUGAAUUGGCAGCACUGGAGCGUUUGCUGUGCACUAACGGGGACCUGGCCGCGUUAUCCGGCCUCGACCUGCCGCCCGUGGAAGACUCAUCAGCCGAUUCGUGUUACCCGGACAUCGGUGAAUUUGUGUCGAAAUUCUACGCGGACCACGCUCAUUGUAAAGAGUUGUAUACGCAGAAUUCCAACGAACCGACGAUAACAGACGCUGACUACUUGCCAGACAAUAUAGAAGUGAUGACACCAAUCAUAGAUGGACUCAGGCGUCUCAACGAGGACAUGGACGACGUGUCCGAACACGACGACAGAGACAAACACACAGACACGACAAGCACAGACACGUUCCAAACGAACGAGAGUAUGGACAGAAGCAGGAAAAUCAGUAGAGCCGAAACUGACCUGUCCUCACUGAGGAAUCUAUCCACCAACGGCCUUAUGAUGUUCGACCCGCUUGUCAUAAACGCAGUCGCAGCGUCCACGUCAAACGAAACGCCCAGACAAAUACCGGACCAAGAACUAGUCACGUCGCUAAACGAACAAGUCACGGAAAUUGCUGAUAGACUCUCCUCUAUAGUUAGCGAUGUAGACAUUCUGGACCAAAUGCAUUCGUAUUCUACCAACGAUGUGCCCACUUUGACUGAGAACUCGGAAACAUACUUCCCUGGACCCAGGAACGAGCAAUUGAGUUGCAUGCCCUCUACUAGUCACGGAUAUUUGAUUCCCAACGCAAUAAGCCAAGAACCAGUAGUAUUAGCCUCGUUGUCGCAUAACAAUUCCGCCGUUUUCAACCAAGACGACGACAACGAAAUAGGAAACAAUGAUCUCCCACUCAUCAUACCCGACAAUAUAGACGCAGAAAUUGUAAAUAGUAAUAUCUCCCUAGCUAACGUUAAUCUAAGUUCCCUGUUACUCACUAACGAAGAGUUUAGACAAAUUAUAGAUAUCGAUAACCGAAGUGAAGAUAACACGAGCUUUCAUUCCGCCAAAAUGGACAACGAUGAGCGCGUUAAAUUCAUGUUAGGUUACGAUAGCGAUCACGAGUCGCCCGUCGAUUCUGGGGUUAGCACAGAAAACACAAGCUUAGAUAGAUCUCCCGAUACAGACCAGAAUAAAAUAAAAGACAACCAUUUCAUGGAACAAAACAGGGUAUUAAACACGGAAGUCGAUAAAGACGCGAAAAACAAUCUAGAGAGUUCUUUCGAUAUAUCCGGCGAGGUGACUGUAAAUAUUAAUUAUAAGGAGCAGGAUAAUCAGAAGAACGAGGCUGGAUCAUCACAAAUAGUUAUAGAUAGGCUCCAAGGGGAGAGUUCCAAUGAGAGUAAUGCGCAAGAAGAAUUUAGGACAAUAGAGGAAGUUAUAACCGAAUUGAGAAGGCAAAGACUGUCCGAUAUAAAUUUAACGCCGGUAGAAGAGAGAACAGAGACGCCGAAUUCGUCACAAAGCAGUGUUAGAAAGAAACGAAAGAGUGGGGGCAAAAGUAAGAAGAAAAAAUGGUCGCCCAGUAUGGUCAUAUUGGAUAAUAGGACGACGCAAUCGCAGAGUAGCCCGCUCAGAUUGAAUUUGGACCAUUUUGUUGAGGAGAGCGGAACCUCGUGUGGCACGUCCGAGUGUGCGGACGACGAGCAAAUCGCGUUAGCGCUACAGGCUCAAGAACUAGCCGCUAGACAUCAGGCUAGAGCGAAAUUCAAAUCGAGCGAAGACCUCAUCCACCGUCUGUUCGUCUGCAUAGCGGGCGUAGCGGACCAGUUGCAGACGAACUUCGCAGCAGACCUUCGCAACAUUCUGAAGGCUGUGUUCCUCAUGAACCAGACUAGUGAUACUCCGAAAGAAGAGGAGGAAGCACCUCCAGCUAUAGAGUACCAGCCAACAGAGGAUCAGGUUAUACAGAAUGGCAGUUCAUUCGACAGCGUAUAUUCAGCGGAGGAAGUGUAUGCGGACAGUAAUUCGGACACUCCCUCAGAGAACAGUCACGUAGCGAGAAGGAAUACGGUCAAUUCUGCGACCAUUGAAGAAACGACACAGAAUGAGGGUAGACGGAAAUCUAUGGAGAAUAACGGGAACCUACAAGCCUCUGUGUCCACUGGUGAUCUCACUUUGAGCGGGCGGUCCCGCAGCCCGGCGGGCGCGCCCGUGGAGCGGCUGCCCGAGUGGGUGCCCGACAUCGCGGCGCCGGCCUGCAUGCGCUGCGCCGCCAGCUUCACCGCCUUCCGCCGCCGACACCACUGCCGCAACUGCGGCAAAGUGUUCUGCGCGUCGUGCAGUUCGAAUUCAAUCCCGUUGCCACGCUACGGGCAAAUGAAGCCCGUACGAGUCUGCGAGGAGUGCUUCCAGUGUAUAGCGCGCACUUGCAGGCGGCAUACGUAUCGGUAACUGUGUGAAAAUAAACUAAAUUAGCAAGAAAAAAACAAUAAAUGUAAUAAAAAAAAAAUGUGGGUAAACGCGAAAAUUUUUGUAAAAGUGGGUACUUUUGAAUUUUUUGUAAAAGACGUGAUUGGAACUGUAUUUUUGUCUCUUUUAUUCGCUAUUGUGUUUCAGUUUCCAUUUUCAUAAUAGAAGUUGUUUUAAAAGACUCGAGCUAAACAUGUUUUGGAUUUUCAUUCGUAAAUUAUGAAAAGAGAUGGGUGAUAUUGUUUUUAGUUUCAACGUUAUAUAGUAAAAUUGAAAAAAUUUUUUACUCGAAAAAUAAUUUUAAAGCGUGAACUAAGCAAUAUUUUGACAUUUUCACUCUUUAAUGUUGAAAAAGAAAGUGUUUAGUUAAAAAAUAUAUAAAAGAAAAUCCGCAGAAAAAAAAUCUUUGACAGAUGAAAAUAACUUUCAGAAACUAAAAACUUAAGAUUUUCACAUAACAAUAAUAAAUACCUAAGACGAAUUAAUAUUGAUCAUUUCGAAAAAUAUGUUUAUUUUGACGCAUAGUAAAAAUCAUCACCACGAUUUAUGUAAAAAAGGGAAAAGACGAUUUCAAUGUAUGAUAUUAUCAAAUAAUUUCCGUGCAAUCUUUUUUAUUAGAUAACUUAAUUUUUCAUUUUCAUAAUUUCUUCCAUAGUUUCUGUUUCUGUUCUUUUGAUCUUAUAAAUAUUGUCUUCAUUUUCAUAUUGCACGGAUUUACUUUCAUUGUAUAAAAUAUCGAGUGACUUUCUUCAGAAUAUGACGGACAAUACUCACUUCGGGUGAAUGUUAAAAAAUGUAAUAAAUGGAUAUUAUUUUAUAUUUUGUAAAUUUAACAAAGAGAAUAAUAAGAAAAUAAGGUUUAAAAUCAACAAAUAUUGAUGUGCUAUGGAUAAUUAAACCUUUUAAAAUGUGAUAUUUCUCACAUGUAAAGUUUACAAAAUGUAAAAAUAUUUACCUAUUGUUAACAACCCACAUUUAUAUGGAAUAAGUUCAAUAUUUCGCACAUUGGUUUUAGAGGUUUUGAAAAAUUAAUAUUGAAGAGAUAAUUAAUAGCUAUUUUGAAUCUUAUGGUACAUAUUUUUAAGGUUAUAAAAUGAUAGAUUUUUUACGCAUUAAAAGUUUGGCAUAGAUUUAAAUAUAAAAUUAUGUAUAACUUCUUUACUAACCUUCUUAAUAUUAAGCGUUCAAAACCAUCUAUUAUUCAAAUAAAUAAACAUAUUUCCAACUAUUUUUCGUGAUAUUUUUUAAUUUUUAUUCCAAAAUCUAUAGUUUUACCUACCUUACGCCUAUAUCAAAGAAACUUCGUUGAGUGUAAACACACAAUAAUAAUAUUAAAUAUAUAGUUUUUUCUUAUUCAUAAGGUUUAUUUUUGCUUAACGCGGUUUGUUUGGUAAAGGCCAGAACGUGUUAAAAUAUAUUUUUUCCAUAAUUAUUGACUGAUGAAACAUUAUGUAUUAAGUUGUGUUUUUAUAGGUAGCUCUCUAAAAUAAAUACGCAUUGUUGCUAUGCUAUUUUAAUGUUAAAUGUAGCCAUGUUAUUUUUGGCCAAUGCACGAAAGAAAACAGUUGAAAAAAGGGAAAAAAUCUUCAAUAUUUUUGAAGUGAAUUAAGAUAAGAUUCCUUCACCUCCAAUUUAAAUCAUAAUAUGGACGUCGAAUUCCAUGAAAUUGGUUGUAAAUUAAAAAAAAGUGACAAAUAUUAUUGUUGACUUAAAGAAUUGGCCGAAAAUAACAGAGCUACUAGUAAAAAAAAUAAAACCUUUAUAAAUAGAAAUAUAUUUUAAGAGCGAACGAUGUUUAUAUUUUUAACGUGAACGUGUUGAAAUAAAAAUUAUAUUCCAUACAUUUUUAUAAUCGAAGGUGUUAGAUUAGGUUCGAGUAAGUUUUAUUGUAAAUUUUGUAAAGGUAACAUUGUACCCAUAGAUUAGAUUGCUUUUUGUAUAUUUUAUGAAAAGAUGCGGUACGAUUGAGACCAAUAAGUGAUAUGUUGAUACUGUUAUGUAAUUUGUGAAAAUAAAAAUAAAUGUCAUAUAUUAGGAA